AUCAACAACGAACUAUACGCACAGCUUCUUGAUCUUGGUUUCGACGACUUUACUGCACGUCUAGCUCUUAUUCGCACUGCGAACACCGGUGUUGAAGAGGCUGUGAAUUGGAUAAUUGAGCGGUCGAAUCCGAGUGAUUUUGAGGACAACUCAUCAAGCAGCGACGGAGGCGAGGACGUAGAAAUGGGAGCAGUCAACUCUACAGGUGGGGAUAAUAAUCAAUCUUCCAGUGUUCUCAGUGCAUUUCCUCAACAGACCGCUGAUUCAUUCUACAAUUCUACACUGUCGCAAGGUGUGAAGGCAGCUGUAGAGGGGAAAAUAGAGGUGGUCAUGUUAUCCAUCCACGAUUCGCCUGUGGCUGCUAUGAAGCUGAAUCAGCAUUUGGGCUAA